AUGGUUUUCCUCGGCAUUUACCGCGCCCUCUACGACUAUGAGCCCCAAAGCAGCAAUGAGAUUGCCCUGACCGAGGGCGACAUCUUGAUGGUGCUGGAGAAGUCGACCGAAGACGACUGGUGGAAGGCCAAGAAGAAGGGUCGCGCUGAAGACGAAGACGAGCCCGAGGGCUUGAUUCCCAACAAUUACAUUGAAGAGGCCGCUCCCGUGGCACAAGCAAAAGCCCUCUUCGACUACGACCGCCAGACAGACGAGGAGCUUUCGUUCAAGGAAGAGGCUAUCCUCGAUGUCUACGAUACGACGGACCCAGACUGGACGCUGGUAGGAGGCGGCAGCUUGAGCUCCAUGAAGAUGUGCUUGCCCUCCUGCGAGUAG